UUUAAUGGAGUUGCAGAGGAUGAGCACGAGCCCUUCCGCCUCAGCCGAGAGGUUCACAAAACCUGGUGCAAAACUGCCAGAAAGCCUUAUGAUAUUGCAAUCACUUGUGUUUUGUUGAGGGCAUACUUAUUAGCGCCAGGGAUUGUUGAGCUAAGUUCUGAUGGGCACUGGGACACGGAUUGGGAGGAAGCUCGUCGUUUGUACAAUGAUCUUUGGCCGGGAGAAUCUUGUCGGUGUCCUUGGCUGAAAAUACUGCACCAGAUGAGACAACUCCUAAGUCCAUUGAGGCAAGCGUCGUCAGUAAAACUCCUAACACCUCGGGCGCGACCCAUAUGCAAGCGUUACAGGCUCAGACUUAUACAUAUUUGGAAAAUCAAAAUCCACACCUGUUGUCGACAUCUGUCUUGCAGUAUGGGCCUAUAAUGUUACAACUUGACGAGACUCGCACGAAGCCUAUUCGUCAGUGGCUAGCUCGAUGUAGGGAGGAAACAAGUCACAACAAUUGCCAUCCUUUGGCAAUUCAAUGGCCAACUACUCCUGGAGUUCAGUUCAGAGUUAUUGAUAUCCAUCGACGCUGCAUCACUGUCGCUCCAGAAAAUUGCCGGUAUAUGGCAUUAUCAUACGUAUGGGGGGCAGUUGAUCAACCAAAGCUGACGGUGGAUAUGUCAGAUAAGCUUGCAGAAGAGGGCGGCCUUGCCACCAUUUGGCCCAAGAUGCCCCAAACAGUAAGAGAUGCUAUUGCGUUUUGUGAUAGUCUUGGUGAGCAAUACUUGUGGGUUGAUGCGCUUUGCAUUAUGCAAGAUUCGCCUCGAGAUAUGAGACUCUCAAUUUUGCGUAUGAGACAAAUCUACGCUGCUGCAAAAUGCACACUCAGUGCUAUUUCAGCUAGCACUGCUAGUGCGGGAUUAUCGGCAAGCUUUAUAGCUGAUGCUUGCACUUGUCCAACGGCCGAUGACCUAUAUGGAGUUAUCGAGGCGUCACCGUGGAGUAGCCGCGCAUGGUGUUAUCAAGAAAAGGUCCUCUCACACCGCAUGAUCUUUUUCACUGGCCGUGGAUUGUAUAUGCAAUGUCAAUCUGGCGUAUACAGCGGAACGGGGGCAUCUCUCCCUAGGGAGAAUGGGCGUCCAAGGCUGGACAGAUAUAAUACCGUGGGUGGGAUGCUCUCUAUGAAUAUCAGGGAGGGCGAUGGCCUACAUUCAUAUUUGUCUGCAGUAGAGCACUACUCUUCACGAAUCACGACAAAGAAAAUAGACAAGAUAAAUGCGUUUCAGGGUAUACUCAAAAUGUAUAAAGAGGUGAUGGACGGGGUCGUAAGCACGUUCUGCUUUGGCCUGCCCACUUUUGCAUUUGAUCUGGCAUUCUGCUGGCGCGCCGAGCAACAUAAUCCUGAGUUGCGCAAUCUUGCUUUUCCUAGCUGGUCAUGGCUAGGCUGGGAUCAUGCUGUCCUCUUCGAUCGAGCAAUGAUACUUAGUAAAACCCACACAAAUCAGAUGUUUGCUCCCUUAGAUGGGUCUAAACAAAUUGAUAUUUCCAGUCAAGCUGGUCCUGGCUUUUUGGAGAUUAGCAAGCUUCGAAAGCCAGCAGAUUCUUAUAGAGAUCCACACGGUUUUGGGUUUCCUGCAGCGAUGAAUCUUUUCAAUCGUGAACCAAAUUUGAGACUAAAUGCAAGCAUCGCGAAGCUAAGUAUAGCCAGCAAACCCAAAGGCUCAAAUGGUCUCAACAACUGCUAUGCUGUCUCUCCGCUUCCAUCGAGCGGUACGUCUCUGCCUCUUGGCUAUAUCUGGUUACAUAAAAAGUGGCGGGAGCAACAAGAAGCCCUCUGUACUAUGGAUUUCAUGGCUUUGGCGGGGAAACCCGACAUGCAACGGCCUGGGAAGUGGAUUAUCACAAUGCUUAUGUGCCUUCAGGUUGCGAAAGAUCAUGGCUUUGGAGGGCAUGUGAAUGAAUACGAAAGGCUGCAAGUUAUGGAUUGCGAACUUGGUGAGGAAGCAUGGUUAAAAAUGGGUGGAUCGGCCAAGGGAUGGAUAAAACUUGGAUAGUUGAGCGUCGGCCAAGUGCGCAGC